UCCGCACAUGACAACGCGUCCGAAGUGGAUCAGGCGUCCUUGUCACCGGGGCCGGUCGGACUCGGUGGAAAUGUAGCCUCACCUUCUGCAAUUCGACGCUCUGCUUGCCUUCGUCAGAGGCUUCUGUCUGUAGACCGGUGCCUUAGCGGAGAUUAG